UUUUUCAGAGGUCAAGUCCAUGAUGAAUGAGCUAGACGAGAAGUACAACCAUUUGGUUCAAGUAAUGGAAAGCGAGAAGACUGCAAAAUGGCAGCUAAUGCAACAGUGUGACGAUCAAGCAGAAAUCAUUGCCAUACUUAGAAAUGAGAUCUCAACAUUGCGUCAAAAGAAAGCUGAUGGAACCCAAGAAGAAGAAAGCGAAGAAAUAAAAAGUAUUAAAAAGGUUCAAAGCCUUAUUCGUGGCUGGCUCUGCCGUAGACGAUGGCACAGCAUCGUACAAGACUACAUCCGGUCUCCGCACGCAGAGAGCAUGCGCAAACGGAACUCGAUCUGCUUCCAAUUGGUCGAGACUGAAGAGGAAUAUUUAGAGAACUUGUCGACGUUGGUCUCUUGUUUCUAUCGGCCGUUCAAAAUGGCUGCCAGUUCGAAAAGACCUCCGAUAUCACACGAAGAAGUAAACUCGAUAUUUCUAAAUAGUGAAACUAUUCUGUUCCUCCACCAAAUAUUCCUCAAAGGUUUGAAUACGAGAAUGGAGAGUUGGCCAACACUAAUCUUAGGUGAUUUGUUUGACAUGCUUCUGCCCAUGCUCAGUAUCUACCAGGAGUACGUACGAAACCAUCACUACAGUCUACAGACUUUAACGGAAUGUAAACAGCGCCCGGCUUUCAAUCGUCAGCUCAAACUAUACGAGGAGAAGCAAGUGUGUGGAGGCAGAUCUUUGGAGUCUUUCUUAACUUAUCCCAUGCACCGGGUUCCCGCGUACAUCAUUACUCUUCACGAGCUUCUCGCUUUAACGCCUCAUGAUCACGUGGAGCGAAAUGCAUUGGAGUAUGCGCAGAGUAUCCUGGAGGAACUCUCCACGGUAAUGCAUGACGAAGUAAGUGAAACAGAGAACAUACGUAAAAAUUUGUCGAUAGAGCGACAGAUCGCCGAAGGAUGUGAGAUGCUUCUUGAUGUCAACCAAAUAUUCAUAAGACAAGGUAACUUAAUUCAAGUCACAGAGAGUCGUAAAGGUAAAACAUUUGGUGGCAUAUCGCUCAAGUCAAGCGAAACUCGAAAAGAAAGCGUUCGUCACUGUUUUCUGUUCUCCAGUUACAUGUUGCUAACUUCGCGUUCGUCAAGUGGUCGGCUACACCUCGGAAAAAGUAGUUCAGUGAUUUCUCUAGCGGAUGCUACGUUGGUAGACGACUGCUUUGAUGAAGGUGAUCUGGAUGGUGAAAUACUUUGUGGUGUUCGCUCGGCCCAGGACAUCAACGACCUCGAUGACCUCACUUUCAAACUCAUCGUAAGGUCACGUGAAAAAGAGGGAAAUCCGCUGACAAUCACACUAAUGGCACCGUCGGCGCAGGAAAAAGCUGCUUGGACAAGCGACAUCAGCCAGUGCAUUGAAAACCUCUCACUUGUUGAAGACGCUGACACAUUAUCGAUAACAUCGCGACAAAGCCUAGCAAGCGUGCGGUCGGACUCGAGACUUUUCACUGACGACGUCGAUAUAAAAUACUGCAAAGCGUUGAAUGCUUGUAAGCUACCAAAGAUACGUUACGCGAAACUUGAGCGUCUGUUCGAACGACUACUAGACAUCCGUUUUCUCAGCAUCGACUUUCUCAACACGUUUCUCAUCACCUACCGCGUGUUCACGCACGCCACGAACUUCCUUGAUACUCUAAUUCAGUUCUACUACACGCGAAACACAAGAGAUACACCGUCUCCUCUCAAUGAAGUCUUUUCGCCGAUAGCUCGAAAAACACGGUCAGUGUCGCUCCCUAGUGACAGAAGCAACGACAAGAAACGAGGAGGUCGUAAUCGUGAAAAGAAGACAUCACCCCAAGAAAUAUCUAUCACCGUGUCAGGAGCCAAGAUGGCGAAUCCUAACUGUAAUUCAACUCAUUUGAACUCCAACGUUGAAGAACCUCAGAAAUCUCCUUCACGUCUCAUGCCAAAUGCUUACCACUCUUAUCGGCGACAUUCCUCUCCAUCUGCCUUAGGAGACAGCGCAGCGUUCGAGUUUCCCGCCACCGCUGGCGACGUACAAAGCCCGACUGAGGAAGUACCCGAAAAACAAACAAGAAAUCAAAGCUCACCUUUUCUUACGUGUGGGAAUAUUCGAUCGCGCGCGCAGAGUACAAGUUCUGACUUGACUCAACGUGCGAUGUCUGUUUCGCGGUGUCCCGAUGAGACAUACAGUCUGUCUUCAUCGUCUACGGAUGAGGAAGAUGACCCAAGGUUUGAGCUUCAGUCUCCACCAAAGCUUCGCACUCGGCACCGAGCAUGUUCGUCAGGACAAAUUCUCGUCACGUCGCCGACUGUGGACGAAGAUUCGGAAUCAGAGAUUGGACCAGAUCCAUUUAGUCCGUUAGCCACCCUUAAUGCUCCACCUAACACACCUCUAACGGUAUCCUCGUCAUCGCAUUGUAUUCGCCAGUUUGGUUCUGACCAGGAAAGCCCUAUCGAGAAGGCCAGGAAGAAGGUACUUAGUGUAAUGGGAAUAGGCCAAGAAACAGAAAUUGGAUCGCCGAAGAACACUAAAUCUAACAGCCGCCCCCAGAGUCCCGAUGUAUGCGAAUCUCCGGGAGUUCCUCCCUUAGUUAGUGAGGAAGACGUCAAUCUAAGUCCGGAAUUGCUUCGGGCAAACCUCGGCAACCGUCGGCCCAGCUCGCCCUCACGAUUUGCUAAAUUCGUUAAGGAAGCCGAGGAACGCCUUUCUGGAAUUACCUCGCCGCGUCGACCAAGUUCCCCAGGUUUGCAAACCAUGGAUCGCCGACCGAGUGUUUCAAUGUCUCCUUUAAAUUCCCCGCGCUCGCCUCGUUCUCCUUUGUCUCCUUCGACCAACAGCGUCAAUGCUGGAGUAGUUGUGACCUCGUCGAAGCCCUCGAGGAGGAGGUCAAGUAUUUCACAAGCUGCGGCCGCCUUCGCUGCAGCUACCGCGGGUGCUUCUCCUUCUCCUAGUUAUUGCGCAAGUUCUCCUACUAUACAACGAUUUCGAUUCGGGUUGACUGUACGUCACAUCCUGUCACAUGACACGCAUCUGGCUACGAUGAGAGUCCUUACAGUAUUACGUCACUGGGUCACCAAACACCCCGAGGAUUUUGAUUCUGACACCAAGCUACGAGAGCAGCUUAUUUCGUUUAUGGAUGAGAUUCUACACCAUGGAGGCUCUUCGAAUCUUGAACAAAAGUUCGCUGCAGCAAUCAUCAGAACACUUGAAAGGAAACACGAAAAUUCCAACUUCGAAAAUCUUCUUCUUAAGCAGCCGGCUCAAGUCGAUCCCAACAGCUUCGAUAAGAUCUCCGCUACCCAGCUUGCUGAACAGCUCACUCACAUCGAACAUCAACUUUUCUCUAGAAUACCAGCCCAUGAAUUUCUUAAUUUAGCAUGGAUGAAAACGAACAAGAAUACUCUUGCGCCGAACAUCUUAAGAGUCAGUCAGCGGUUUAACGAGGCCAGUGCUUUAGUUGCUUCGGAAAUUCUGAAGCGCCAAACGCCGUCAGCGCGCGCAACGGUCAUCGAGAAAUGGGCCAACGUGGCGGAAACAUGUAGAGACUUGCACAACUUCAACUCUGUAUUAGAAAUCACUUCAGCCUUCCUAAGCAGCUCUGUGUUUCGACUUAAAAAGACUUGGGAAAAGGUCUCUAAACAGGCUCGUUCGCAAAUCGAUAAACUUCAAAAAAUUGUCAGCGCUGAGGGACGUUUCAAGAACUUGCGGGAUGCACUGAGAUGUGCUGACCCUCCCUGUGUACCAUAUCUUGGAUUCUACCUUACGGAUCUGGCCUUCAUUGAGGACGGGACGCCGGACUGUACGGAGGAAGGACUGAUAAACUUCUCGAAAAUGCGAAUGAUUGCGCAAGUAAUCCAAGAGAUUCGCCAUUAUCAGCAGACGACGUACUCGAUAGAAUGUGAUGCAAAGGUCAUCCAUUACUUGAUGGCGAAAGACCUUUUGAUGGAUGAGGACACAUUAUACAAAACAUCGCUUCUUCUCGAACCAAGAAAAAGGAGUUCGUCCAAGACAAAACAACCGAUUGAGACUGCUAUUUGAUCCUGAAGAAGUGGGGGAGGUCCCACCUCCAGCAAGUUGAUACUAUCAUCUUUUCCUCGGAUGGUUUUAAUAGCUGAAAUUAAGCCAUUCGCCUUAUUGGAUAAUGAUGCGCUCGAUUGACAGACAUUCAAUUGGUCUUUCCAUGUACUAAGUACACUAGCUAUUGGAUAUCAAUUAAAGCGUUUGAUUGAUCUCAAGGGUUUCCCCAUGACAUCGAUAGGUUUCAUUGGAAGGCAUUUAAAGGCUGUUUCCAUGGUGACAUCAAGGUUACAUGCUAUUGGAUAUGGAUGCUUUUGAUUGACAUUCACAUAAAGGGUUUUCCAUGACAAUGACCGACUUGAUUGGUCUGUUUCCAUGGUGACAUCAAGGUUACAUGCUAUUGGAUAUGGAUGCCUUUGAUUGACAUUCACAUAAAGGGUUUUUCAUUGGGCUGUUUCCAUGGUGACAUAAAGGCUACACGCUAUUGGAUAUCGAUAAGCUUGAUUGACAGCCAGUUAAAGGGUAUUAUGAUGUUGGUACAUUUUCCUGGAGUUACCAUAUCAAACCAUGGCUUUAAUGGAUUUCAUGAAAACAUCUUUUAUCGAGAGACCUUGUGAUUUUUUGGAACUAGAAUACGAACACCAUUUAAGUUGUUUUCCUGUAGUCUUGUUUUUCUAGUUCAAACCCGGUUUGGUGGCAUAUCAUUUCGGAGGAACUUGCUUUGAUCAUACGUCUAUUCUCGUUUUUCCGCCGGUUAAAAACCGGUUUAAUUAGUGGGAUUUCCGAGGAGGAACUUACAUUGUUCAUCAUAUGUCUACAUGAUAUAUCAAGUCGUCUCGAUCUGCGGUUCUACUUGUUUUUCCGGUUCAAAACCGGUUGCGUGUGGUGGAAAGAACUUGCAUAUGACGAACAUCAUAUUCUUGAUUUUCCAGUUCAAACCAGUAUAAGGACUUUGAAGCAUUGUCUGACGACCGUCCAAUCUACAAAACAAGUGGUCUCUCCAGAACAUAUAACAUAUGCAAUUCUUUAUUUUCCGAUUCCAAACCGGUCAGUGGAGAUUUUACGAGUGUUCCUUCGUCAAGUUUAUUUUGUACGCAGAAGAAUAGAUGGAGAUAAAUAUUGCAGUAUUGUAGAAAAUUGUACGAAGCCGAUUGGGGGAAAAUAUCGAAGGAAAAUAUCGAAGGAAGGAAAAAGCUUAAUUUGUCCAAUUAGCAUAAAAAUGACCUCGAGAUUGAAGAGUUUUUCCAAACAAAAAAGAAAGCGCAGAAAAGCGAAAAGGCAAAAUUAUUAACUUGUAAAUCGUAAAAAGGUUCUUUAGGUAUGCCAUAAACUGAAAAUGCUUUUGAAAAAAUAUAUUUACCGAUAGUAUUUAUUUUAACUAGAACUUGAUAUUUAUUGAUAUAUUGAUAAAUUUUGCCAUGCAAAUUUAAGCUAAUAUUUGCGCUAGAAAUUUAUAACAAAGCUAAAUGUAGAAAUUAUUUGUUGUAAAGAAUAUUGUUCAUCUUCGCACAGAUUGAAAUAAAACAAAUGCUGAGUAAA